CAAAGGGAGUCGAGAGAGAGGCUGGAAAAGAGAAGGCGCUCAUUCACAAUUAAUAGUAAAGAGGUGGGAGCAUUUCGAGGCAGCAAAAAAUCUUUAUGGGGGUAACUUUAUAAUAAAAAAGUUCUGAGUGGGGUAGCUAGCCCCACUAGGCCCACUUUCCAUCCAUCCUUGUUAUGCAUUAUUCUUCUUCAUUUUCCUUCCCUUUCCUUCCUUGUUUCUUUACCGCACAUGAGAUAAUCUUCCCUCCUUUUCCUUUCCUUUCCUCCCAAAUUCCUAAAUCCAAACGCUCCCUUGGUAAUUCGGAGGGGUAUUAAAUUCAUAGUUAUCUUUAUAUUUGAAUAUAUUUGGUAAUUGCUAAGGAUGCAAAAAUGAGAAAAUAGGUAUGCAUGCAUUAAUUGUCAUUAAUGCUAGCCAUGCUAAGUUGUAAACAUGAAAAACAACAUAAUUUCCUUUCCUGCUGCAACAUUACUGCUAUAAUUACUUUAUCCUCCUUUUUGUGCAUUUUAAAAAUUAAAGAAUACUUUUUUUAGAGUUAAGCUCUAACAACUUUGAGAGAAGUCAUUAUUUCAAUUCAUCGGGAAUAAAAAGUCAUGCUCUCUCUUUCUUUAGAUGUCAAACUUAAUCUAGUACCUUCUUCUAGAGAGUUAAGACUCUAUUCAAUCGCAGAAUUUGUUCCCAUAUUUCCCUGAAUCUGUUCUCUUUUCCUUUUUGUUGCACUUCCUUUCUCUCUUGUCAUCCCUGAAAUUCUUUAUUAGAUUUAUUUUUGAAUUUUCUUAAGGAGAGACCGAACUUUUUCCUUUUUCUUCAUUAUUUCACCACUGUAAUUUUCCUUUUUCUUAAGGCUUGUCUCCGAUUUUAACUUUAAGCAGGAGACACUAGUUUCUUUUGUCUUCAAUCGGGCAUCUUCUUAAGCCUCUUGUCUUAUUUGUCACCUUAUAAAAAACUCCCAAAGUUUCAAUAAUAAUUGCUUUUAUACCCCUGGUUUCUACCCAUAAAACACUUGUAGUUUAACGAAGACAAAUAAUGCUCAAAGCUUUAAAAGAUGGAAGUAUCUUGGACCUCUUUUCCAAGCGACUGGAUUUUUCUCAACUUGUCACCAACUUUAGAUUUUUAGAUUUUCUAUCCCUAAUCACCUAUCCAAGAUUUUCUUGCAUUGCAAUGUGCUCAUAAUCUUGCCCUUCAGAUUUUUGUUGGGCUAUUUCUAGCUCAAGAUCUACCAAUUUGUUUCAGUUUCUCGCUGAAAUCAUCAAAUACACUGGACUGUGAAUUUUUGAGGUUUUCUGAUGCUGUCUUGCACAUCAUUGGUCAUUGAUUUCCUUUCUGAGCAUUAAGCUUGUGAGGUUUCCUUGGUUUCUUCUUGGGCACUGAGACUUUCAUUCUUUUCUGUUAUGGAAAAUUUUCAACACCGCUUGUCAUCCUCCUCUACAUCCUCUUUGUCUAAUCCACACCCAUUGUCAAUUGGUGCUGAACGCUGGCUGAUAGCCGAGCAAAGUACUCAAGAGAUAUCAUCUACUGUUCAACCAACGGUAUUUUCUGAGCAAAGAAGGAAGGAGAUUAUUGAUUAUGUUCAGGGGCUACUUCGAGGUUAUUAUGGAAUUGAGGCCAUUCCAUUUGGAUCAGUGCCACUGAAAACCUAUAUUCCUGAUGGAGAUAUCGAUCUGACUGUUGUCAGCAAUCAAAAUUAUGAGGAGGAUUUGGCCAGAGAUAUCUGCAGUAUGCUUAAAGCUGAAGAGCAUGAGCAUAAGAAUUCCAAGUUUCUUGUAAAUGAAGUCCACUAUAUUCCUGCACAGGUUAAGGUCGUGAAAUGCAUGGUGCAGAAUGUAGCAGUAGACAUCUCUUUCAAUCAAAUGGAAGGGCUAUGUACUCUAUGCUUUAUUGAGCAGGUUGACCGACUUAUUGGGAAAGAUCAUCUUUUCAAACGCAGUAUUAUCUUGAUUAAAGCUUGGUGCUACUACGAGAGCCGAAUUCUUGGUGCACAACAUGGCUUGAUCUCAACAUAUGCAUUGGAAAUAUUGGUCUUAUAUAUAAUUAAUCACUUUCAUUCUUCAUUACAUGGCCCUUUAACUGUCUUGUAUAGAUUUUUGAACUAUUAUAGCACAUUUGACUGGGACAAAUACUGCAUUAGUUUUACUGGCGCAGUCGUCAUAUCAUCUCUUCCAGAAAUAGUGGUAAAGACACCAGAAAAUGGUGGGAGUGACUUAUUGCUCGCUGAGAAGUUUUGGAUGAACAGCGGAGAAGUUUUAUUGGUUCCAACGAGGACACCUGAGACUAGAUUACAAGCAUUUCCUGUGAAGCAUCUUAAUAUCAUGGAUCCUCUGAAAGACGACAAUAACCUGGGGCGUAGCGUCAACAAAGGCAAUUUUCAUCGUAUACGGAAUGCUUUCUGCCUUGGAGCUCGGAAGCUUGGAGAGACCCUUAUGCUGCCAGAAGAACACUUGAGUAAAGGUAUAAAGAAGUUCUUCAGCUGCACUUUGGAUAUGAUUAGGAGCGGACAAAGGUCAGAUGUACAAUUUCCUGUCCCGGUGUUUGGUGUUGGAAGUUCUGAGAUCUUUGACCUUAGAGGGGACUAUGACAAUUUCUUUGGUUGUGUGCAAUAUAUCCAACAGUUUCACAGCUAUACAUUACCCAUUCCUGUCCAGCUCAUUCCUCCUGCAUCUCUUUCUCAAGUCCAGAACAACAGUGUGCAGACGCAGUUAGAAAGGAAUUUCUUUCCUACAAGAAUCACAAAUGAUUCUGUCCCAAGUUCAUCCUUCCAUCCAAAUACUCCCCCAAAAUCAAUUGUCUCUUUGAGCAGUGAAAAAAUGGUGAAGUUUCGAGGAACAGGCGCACACAUUUCUGCAGUGAAAUUUGAAGAGAAGCUGGAAUCACGAGAAACAGACACAUACAUUCAUGAAAUGGGUGUUGAAGAGAAGUUGAAGGUGCGAGGAAUGGGCAAAUUCAUCCCUGGUAUGGGUGUUGAAGAAAAGGUGAUGCUGCAACGAACAGGCACAUACUUCUCUGAUACAGGUGAUGAAGUGAAGUUGAAGUCACGAGGAACAGGCACAUUCAUACCUGUUGUGGGUGUUGAUGAGAAGUCAAAGUCACAAGGAACUUUUGCAUACAUCCAGGAUACAGGUGCAGAAGAGAACUUAAAGAUAAACACAUACCAUCCUGGUAUGGGUGUUGAAGAAAAGGCAAAGUCACGAGGAACAGGCACAUACUCACCUGACUCGAAAAGGAAUUCCUACAGGCAGAAUAUCUGGGGAAGGGGAAGAAAUGUUGAACCUACAACUCAAGGUUUGUUGCCGAAACCUAUGAACACUGAGCAGAUUGAGGUUUCCUCGGAGACAGACAAGGAUGGAAGCAGCAGAUGCUUUGAUCUAUCACUAGAAGAAUUCCCACUUCUUCCAGUUAUUAAGAAGGCCAUCCCAUCAGCAAACUCCAAGUUUGGUCAGCCCACUAAGUCCCCCCAGGCCAAAGAAUCUUUACCCCAGCUGGGGAGCAUUGAGUUUGGCAAAUUGGGGCUUUUUUCAACUGUGGACACUACUCCAUGUGCCCUGACAAUUACAACUCAGGGGCCACCAGAAUCCUCAGAGAGCAAUGAAGAAAUGGUUGUGAUGCAACGAUACAAACUAGAAGAUGAUGAGGACUUCCCCCCCUUAUCCGCAGGACUGCACUAGAAUGAGCUAUUGGUAGGACAUAAAUUAGUGUCAGAAAACAAAAUAUAAACUGACUUAUUUGUUGUAAUUUCUGCUUGCAUGGUGACACCCAAACUUCCCAGAAUAUAAUCUGUACUUUUAUUUUUAUUUUUUUAUUAACCUUAAAAUUCUGAACCUGUUUUCCCUUUCACCUUUUCUUGGGUGAUAAUAAAGGGUAAAGAUACUCUAUAUGCAUGAACUUAUGCUGAUAGAACAUGAUAAAUAUUUAGCUAUAUAUAUAUUUAAUGAGA